AUGGAGAGGGGAACAGAUCUACUGCUGACCAAUGACACCAAUAUCAGCGCAGCCCUGGGUCCCGCUGUUGACUACGACCAGGAAUUCAUCACUUACCUGUGGCAGGAGUACUUGUAUCCCAAGGAGUACGAGUGGGUGCUGAUCGCCGCUUACAUUGCGGUUUUCAUCCUUGCUCUGGUUGGGAAUAUACUGGUUUGUGUUGCAGUUUGGAAGAAUCACCAUAUGAGGACGGUCACAAACUAUUUCAUCGUUAAUUUGUCAUUUGCUGAUAUUCUUGUUACAAUUAUCUGCCUACCUGCCAGUCUGCUAGUUGACAUAACUGAGACCUGGUUCUUUGGGCAAGUUCUGUGCAAAAUAAUUCCUUACCUACAGACGGUGGCGGUUUCUGUGUCUGUACUGACACUUAGCUGCAUUGCACUGGACCGCUGGUAUGCGAUAUGUCACCCACUGAUGUUCAAGAGCACAGUCAAACGAGCACGAAGCAACAUAGUAUUGAUCUGGAUUGCAUCCUGUGUACUAAUGAUUCCACAAGCAAUAGUCAUGGAGUGCAGUGUCAUGGUUCCAGAGUUAGCCAACAAAACGCUUCUAUUCACCAUCUGCGAUGAACAUUGGAAAGAUGAGAUUUACGCCAAGGUAUAUCACAUCUGCUUUUUCAUCGUGACAUAUAUGGCUCCUUUGUGUCUUAUGAUUUUGGCCUACUUUCAAAUAUUUCGAAAACUUUGGUGUCGACAGAUUCCAGGCACUUUCUCGGUGGUGCAAAGGAACUGGAAGCCUCUUGCCCUGCAGUGUACGACGCAAAGGGGCAAGAGAGACCAAAGCAAGUCAAAAACCAGAGGCGUUGCUGCAGAAAUCAAACAGAUCCAAGCGAGACGUAAAACAGCACGGAUGCUGGUGGUGGUGUUGAUAUUUUUUGCACUUUGCUAUCUUCCAAUAAGUGUCCUAAAUAUUCUAAAAAGAGUGUUUGGGAUUUUCGACAAUAUUAAUGACAGAGCAACACUCUAUGCUUUGUUCACAUUCUCGCAUUGGCUGGUCUAUGCCAACAGUGCAGCGAAUCCCAUCAUUUAUAAUUUUUUGAGUGGCAAGUUUCGGGAAGAGUUUAAGACAGCGUUUUCUUGCUUUGACCGGAGGGACCAUCAGAAUGAGGAGCGUCUCAGCAGGGGGCGGACAAGUACCGAGAGCCACAAGUCCUUGACCAUGCAGACCUCCCACUACAACAACGUUUCCAAAGCUGCAGAGAACAUGGUGCUCACAAAUGUGACUACGUUGCAGGCCAGUGCUUUCAGUGCAGGCGGUGCCUGGUGA